CUGCACCCCAAUGCCCUUUGCCCUCUCCUCUCUCCAGCCUCAGCUGCAAGCCUGGGGGCUGCCUACCCACUCCCACCAUGCCUCUUCCAUCCCAACCCUCCCUGCGGGCUGCAUAGACUGUUAGUUUCUGGCCAGCCAGGAGUUUUUAUCUCUCCUCUUCCUGCCCUCCCUUUCCUGCUCCCCAACCCACUGUCCCAGACCUGGCCCCCUUCAGUCCGAGGGACCCAUUGCCUCGGCUUGGGAGCAUCUGAAAGGGGAUGGAGGUGUUGGUGCAAGACACAGGAGAGGAUGCUGGCCCGGCUCGCCCUAGGAGGAUGGGGCAGGGGGGUGCAAAGAUACUGGCCCACAGUGGGGGCAGGGCCUGGCAGUGGGACACUAACCCUCUUCAGUCGCCUCAGAUCACGUUCGGGCCUCCCCACCCCCUUCGCUGGGACUCUCAUUAACCGCUUCUCCUGCCUCGUCCACAGCAUAAAUAACCCAGAUAAAUCAGCCGCCGUCCGCCCCCCGCCCCUCGGCCCCCGCACAGCCCGUUUGUCACCGCUGCUCGCUCACCAGCCAGGCCUGGCGCGGCCCCGGCCCGGCCCCCCCAUCCUUGUCCCUUCCCACCCACGUCUGUCCCACACUGGCUCAUCCCUUGAUCCACACCAGAGCCAGGUGUCUGGGCUGGGGAGGGUGACCAGGGGGUGUCCCUGAGAGCAGGGGAGGCUGGGGACCACCUAGGAGAAUGAUGUCUAGGAGCUAGGGGGUCGUUUAGUUUAUGAAUAGGGCCAGCCAGGCAGGGAGUCUGGGGGCCAGGUUGGGGGUCCCUGUGCCAAUAAGAGGCUUCCUUGGAGCCCCCCAGGUUGGGUCCUGGGAGGUCUUCAGGUCUCCCUUGGUGGGAUUUUGCCCAAAACAUCCAUGCCUCCUCCCAGGCCCCUAAGCCAGGGAGUCCUGCUCUCCCGAUCACCCCCUCAGCCUCUGCCCCCUAUUCCCGGUGCUCUGCCUAGUCACUCCAGUCUCCACCUGCCAGCUCAUCUACCACUUUCUUUCUCGCAGCAGGAAGCCUAGUUCAUUCCCUGAGGGGUGGAGCUGCUGGUUCCUCGGCUUGGAUCGAUGGAGCCGCCUCCCUCCGCCCUUCUGAGCUUCCUCUCCCUGCUGCUCAUUAGCGCCCCGAUUAAUCAGCCCCCCUUUCCUCCAGGGGACAAGUGCUUCCUCCCCCAUGAGGGCUCACGCUCUCACGUGGCCCCCAGAGCAUAAGCGGCUCAUCCUUGCCACCCCCACCUUGGGGGUACCGACUGAUGCAUCCCCCCUGGCCAGCCCACAGAGGCUCCCAGCCCUGCUGUGACGACUGUCCCCAAGCCUGCUCCCCCUCCACAGGAACACAGCAGUCCCCCUGGGGCUCCCCUGCCCCACUCUGCCAGGUGGCCGGGCACCCCUUGUAUCUGCUUCACCAAGACAGUACUCCCUCCCCCUGGAGCCCAGCACAGCUCCCUGCUCCCUUCGACACUCUCACCGGGCAGGCUAUUCCUCACCCUGUACCGCCUGCUCCCCCUACAUAUGAGAGCCCCCCACAUCAUACCUCUCCAGUGCUCCCCAGCUUGUUUACCCAGUGCCCCUCUCCCCAAGCCUGGUUGUGAUAGGGGAUUUGGGGAACAUUUGGGGAAGCAAAGUGGCCACAGAUGUGAAAGUCAGCCAGGGCACUGUCCCAGACGCAUGAGUGACUGAGGCUGGGGCUGGAGGCGCAGUGAGGGAGAGGGCAGCCAUUCUCCCAGAGGAGCAGGGAGGGGCAUGGUGGAUGCUGAAGUUGGGAGCAAAGCUCUAGGGAAGCCAGAGAAUCUUGGUGGACUCAUGGUUGUCCCCUGGUCUGUCUUGUCUUCCUCCUCUCCCCUCCCCUCCCUUCCCUCAUUCAAACAAGUGGCUCUCUCAAGGAGUUUCUGGAAGCUGCUGUGAAUGGGGUAGUGGAAUCAGGUGGUGGCUGGGUGCUGAAGUCAGGGAGGCCAGGAGGUAGGGGACUGAGUUGGCUGACCCCUCCUAUGGCAUGGUCCAGAAAAGUGGCAGAGAGUGAGCUGAGGACUGAGUGCAGCACUCUUCCCUGGGUGGCCAGAGAGUGGGGACAUCUGGGGACCCCAAGAGUGGCUAGGGUGUAGCAAGAGUUUAGGGGGCAGCCCCGUCCUGCGAUCCCUGCCCCGGGCUGGGGGCUGCCCCCUCCCCUGGCCUGGCUCCUGCCGCCCAUGCUGCCGGUGAAACGCUGUUGACAUGUCCUGAAUUAUUAAGCACGGGGUGGGCUCCGGAGCACAUGCUGAGCGGAGCGGCUGGGGCUGCGCGGCGUGGCGGAGGCGGAGCAGCGCUCGCUCUCUCGCUCACUCGCUCGCUUGCAGAGACACACGCAGGGGCUGACAGCUGUGCUGGUGCUGAUAAGGGAAGCCACAAGGAGACGAUCGAGGAGAGAGACAAGCGGCAGCAGAGGCAGCAGCGGCAGAGGCAGCACCAGGGCUGCGGAGCUGCUGGGAGUGGGAGUGACUCCCCCACCUCGGGCCCCCACCCUGUCCCCGUCCUCCUCCCGCUUGCCCUGAGUUUAGAAGAGCAGCCGCUGCCACCACCGCCACUCCGGAGGGCACCGGGGCUGCUGGCUAGGGAAAGACAGGGCAGGGAGGCUCUGGCCAGUCCCAGCAGCCGGGGACAGAUGCCGAUCGAGAUUGUGUGCAAAAUCAAAUUUGCUGAGGAGGAUGCGAAACCCAAGGAGAAGGAGGCAGGGGAUGAGCAGAGCCUCCUGGGGGCUGCUCCGGGGGCAACUGCCCCCCGGGACCUGGCCACCUUUGCCAGCACCAGCACUCUGCACGGGCUGGGCCGGGCCUGUGGCCCAGGCCCCCACGGACUGCGCAGGACCCUGUGGGCACUGGCCCUACUCACCUCGCUGGCCGCCUUCCUCUACCAGGCGGCCGGCCUGGCCCGGGGCUACCUGACCCGGCCUCACCUGGUGGCAAUGGACCCUGCUGCCCCAGCCCCAGUGGCAGGCUUCCCAGCUGUCACCCUCUGCAACAUCAACCGCUUCCGACAUUCGGCACUCAGCGAUGCUGACAUCUUCCACCUGGCCAAUCUGACAGGGCUGCCCCCUAAAGACAGGGAUGGGCACCGUGCCGCUGGCCUUCGCUACCCGGAGCCCGAUAUGGUAGACAUCCUCAACCGCACUGGCCACCAGCUCGCCGACAUGCUCAAGAGCUGCAACUUCAGUGGGCAUCACUGCUCCGCCAGCAACUUCUCCGUGGUCUAUACUCGCUAUGGGAAGUGUUACACCUUCAACGCCGACCCGCAGAGCCCGCUGCCCAGCCGGGCGGGGGGCAUGGGCAGUGGCCUGGAGAUCAUGCUGGACAUUCAGCAGGAGGAAUACCUGCCCAUCUGGAGGGAGACAAAUGAGACGUCGUUCGAGGCAGGCAUCCGGGUGCAGAUCCACAGCCAGGAGGAGCCACCCUACAUCCACCAGCUGGGCUUUGGGGUAUCCCCAGGCUUCCAGACCUUUGUGUCCUGCCAGGAACAGCGGCUGACUUAUCUGCCCCAGCCCUGGGGCAACUGCCGGGCAGAGAGCGAACUCAGGGAGCCUGAGCUUCAGGGCUACUCGGCCUACAGUGUGUCUGCCUGCCGGCUGCGCUGUGAGAAGGAGGCCGUACUUCAGCGCUGCCACUGCCGGAUGGUGCACAUGCCAGGCAAUGAGACCAUCUGCCCGCCAAAUAUCUACAUCGAGUGUGCCGACCACAUCCUGGACUCCCUGGGUGGGGGCUCCGAGGGCCCAUGUUUCUGCCCUACCCCCUGCAACCUGACACGCUACGGGAAGGAAAUCUCCAUGGUCAAGAUCCCCAACAGAGGCUCAGCCCGGUACCUGGCAAGGAAGUACAACCGCAACGAGACCUAUAUACGGGAGAACUUCCUGGUGCUAGACGUCUUUUUCGAGGCCCUGACCUCUGAAGCCGUGGAGCAGCGAGCAGCCUAUGGCCUGUCGGCCCUGCUGGGAGACCUCGGGGGACAGAUGGGCCUGUUCAUUGGGGCCAGCGUCCUCACGCUGUUGGAGAUCCUCGACUACAUCUAUGAGGUGUCCUGGGACAGACUGAAGCGGGUAUGGCGGCGACCCAAGACCCCCCUGAGGACCUCCGCUGGGGGUAUCUCCACCUUGGGGCUGCAAGAGCUGAAGGAACAGAGUCCCUGCCCAGGCCGGGGCUGUGCUGAGGGUGGGGGGGCCAGCAGCCUGCUCCCCAACCACCACCACCCGCAUGGCCCCCCAGGAGGCCUCUUUGAAGACUUCGCUUGCUAGAAUGGUGCUGUGUCUGAGAGGACCCAGGAAUCUGGGACCCCUCCCCAGAUCCCCAGCAAAUUCUCCUCCUGCUCCUGAGACAGAGGCUGAGGGGAGGGGGUGGUGCUCCCUGGGAGGGCCAGGACUCAGUUCCUCUCUCAUCCUACCCGGGUGUCAGCUGCUUUGCACAAGGGUCCUUCUUGUUCUCCCCCACCCCCCAGCUGGUGCCCAGGGAGGGCUGGAGACCAGACUGUGGUCCCCUGUGGAGGGGAAGGGAGGGAAGGAGAGAGGGAGGUGGAAGAUAGAGCCCACCCCAGCAGGGGUGGGACCCUCUGUACAUUUGUAUAUAUUUAGGGAGGACUGGGUGGGGGUGGGAUACAGAUAUAGAAGGUGGGUGGGGCUACAAGGGUGGGUGAUUCAGGCACAGCCAGGGUCCCAGCCCAAAUGUCAGCAGGAGACCGGGAGCCCCAAGAACUCAGGAGUGCUGGGCGGGGCUGCCCUUUCCGGCCCAGCCUCCCCUCUUGGCAGGGGGAGUGUGUAGCCCAGCAGGCCUGGCCGAGCUCCCAGUUCCCCCUGCACCAACCCCACCCCCAGAGUCCCUCCACAGGGAGCAGGCAGGAGACCUUUCUGACCUUGGCUAAUCUGGAGGGUGGGAAGGGAGCCUUCUCAGGCCACUCUCCCUCCAGUCUCAUUUUAUAAAGUGCUGACAAAAUUGGGAAUAAAGAAGCAUAAAGAA